AUGCCCGGGGAGGCGGCCCGCGCCGAGCUGCUGCUGCCAGAGGCCGGCGGGCCAGGGCCCCGCACAGACCUGCCCUUGAAUGCGGCCACGGCCACCACCCCACGAGGGGACCGGCUGCAGCCCUGCGCCCUGACCCCCGGGCCCAGCGCCCUGGCCCUCACGUUCCUGCCUAGCAAGCCUGGUGCCCGGCCCCCACCCGAGGGAGCCAGCUGGGAUGCAGGGUCCCACCAGGCCCCCUCGACCUGGGCAGUCCCAGCAAAGAGCAGCCCCAGCCCAGGGCCCCCCGAGGUCCUGCCCAUCGGGGGGCCUGUCCCAGGCGCUCUGGAGCCUCGGAUUGCAAUGGGCGAGGAGACAUGCCGGGCGCCCCCACUGCCCUGGGCAGCUCUGCCGGAGCUCAGGGACCGGGCGCGGGGGCCUGCCAGUCCGAGCCCGCCCCCCGCAGCACAUCCUCAGGGAGCCCUGCUGACGCCUGUGCCUGCCACAGACCCCGACUGCUACUUCACGCCACCCUCCAGCCCCAGCCAGACCACCGCCACCCUGCUCCCCGGCCGUGGCUGGGCAGCCGAGACCGAGCUCCAGACCGAGCCCGGGGAUUCGCCACCUGCCUCGCCCUCAGGCUCCUAUGUCACGGCAGAUGGGGACAGCUGGGGCUCGUCCCCAUCCUGCUCCCUGAGCCUGCUGGCCGUGGCCGAAGGGCUGGACGUGCCCUCAGGCUGGGGCUUCUCCCCACCAGGGUCUGAGGCCAACGAGAGGGAGCCGACCCCUGCGGAGUCCCUAGGGUCCCCAUCCCCAGAGUCCAGCCUCUCAGGAGACAGCAGCUCUUCUUGGGACCAGGAGGGCCACUUCUUCGAGCUGGACUUCCUGGCCAACGACCCGAUGAUCCCAGCUGCCCUCCUGCCUUUUCGCGGCAGCCUGAUCUUCCAAGUGGAGGCGGUGGAGGUGACGCCACUGCCCCCGGAGGAGGAGCCGGACGGCGAGGACGGGGACGGCAGCACGUUCGCCUCCUCCCUGCAGUCGCUGUCCGAUCUCUCCAUCACCGAGGGCGUGGACGAGGCCUUUGCCUUCCGGGACGACUCCUCGGCAGCCUCCUCCGACCCUGACUCGGCCUCCUACACGGGGGUGGAGGACGAGAGGCUGUACAGCGAGGAGCCGCACGCGCAGCCCGCUGCCCCGCUCCCGGCCCGCCCUGGGGGCACUGCUCCUGGGGUAUCGGAUUUGGGCCGAGCUGCCGAAAUCACCAGGGCAGGCCCCACCUCAGGCCAGGUGUCUGCGGCCAGCCCAGCCCUGCCGCCUUCACAGGAAGCCCCAGGCCUUGCCGGGGUGCCCCCUCAGGCCCUGGGGGGAGAGGCAGGCUCCACCGUGGGAGCAGUGCCCGUCAGCAUGGGCGCACCUCAGCCCUGGCAGGAGGGGGCGGGCACUGCCUUAGGCCCCAGGCCGUGGACAGCACAGGGCGGGGCGGGCUGCCCGGACACUCCACAGAGUGUGAAGGCAGGUGCAGGCCAGGUGUGCUUACUGGAAGAGGAGGACCACACCUCAGCCCAGGGUCCAGUCCCUGCGGCCACACAUCUGCCCCUGCAGACAGACGCAGGUUGCGCCCUGGGGGCUGAGCCCGUGACUGCUGCGGUCCAGCAGGAAGGAGGCGAGACCUUGGGACUAAAGCCAGCGCCUGAGAAGGGCACAGGCCACGCUGGAGACCCGGAACCUCCAGCCUUAGACCAGACCCAACAGGGCGGCCCGGACCCAGCUGCUGAUGCCAGGACGCCCUGGGCUUCACCCAUAGCUAAAGAUGCAGGGCCUUCUGGGCCUGUCUCAGGUUACCCGGACCGCCUUGAGCCCGCCGCAAACGCUCCAGACUGCCCCGAGCCCGCCUUGAAGGCCCCAGAGCCCCUCAAGCCCACUGCAGAGGCCCCAGACACCCCUGAGCCCACCUUGGUGACCCCUGAUGCCCCCAAACCCACCGAGGAGACCCCAGACACCCCCGAGCCCACCUUGGUGACCCUUGAUGCCUCCAAACCCACCGAGGAGACCCCAGACACACCCGAGCCCACCUCGGUGACCCCUGAUACCCCAGACACCCCCGAGUCCACCUCGAUGAACCCUGAUGCCCCGAAACCCACCGAGGAGACCCCAGACACCCCUGAGCCCACCUUGGUGACCCCUGAUGCCCCGAAACCCACCAAAGAGACCUCAGUCACCCCCGAGCCCACCUUGGUGACCCUUGAUGCCUCCAAACCCACCGAGGAGACCCCAGACACCCCCGAGCCCACUUUGGUGACCCCUGAUUCCCCCAAACCUGCUGCAGAAAUCCAGGAAUCCCUGCACCUCGCCACAGAGAACCUGGACCUCCCCAGAGAGGCCCCGGGCCCCCCUGAGCCAGCCUCAGAGAUCCCGAACCCCCCACUAUCCCUCAAAGAGGCCCUGGCCCCCCCUGAGCCUACUUCUGGUGGGAAGGAAAAUGAGAGCCGGCUGGUGCCCGACAGGGGGCCCAGUCUCUGUGCCCAUCUGCCCACUGGUGAGGGAGCUGAGCCCUGCUCACUGCCGGAGGAGGCCCGAAGGGCUGAGAACCAGGGCAGUGGUGGCCUUGAGCCAGCACCCGGGGUCACUGGGACGGCUCCUGGGAGCGGCUGCCCCAAGCUUGGCCUGGUGCAGCCCCCAAGCCCAGCGGAGGAUGGAAGGGUCACCCCCAGGCCCGAGCUUCCUGCAGCUGUGGCCUCAGAGUCUCCAUCAAGGGCGGUGCCCAGGCUGGGCAGGGGCUGCCCAGAAGAGCCUGCCCUCGAGUCUCCACCAGCCUCCCAGCAGCUGGAGCCUGUGCACGGCCCAGGCGGUGAGGAGCCGGCCGGGGCAGCGCCUGGAGUCUUCGGCGCCCCCGCCCCACGGCCCCAGGACCGGCUCCCAGGCCCUGAGCCCUCUACUCCUGAAGACUUAGUGGAGGAAGUGGAGACCCUGGGCCCCCCACCGCCACAGGCAGGAACCCAGCAGGCAAUGGCCACCUUCUCAGGAACCACAAACCCCCCCAGGGCUGGACAGCAGGUCAGCCUCCAACCCCACCCACCCCUCUUCAGCCCCGAGGUGGCCCCUGUGGGGGACACCUAUACCAAAGACCCAGCCUUGCAGACCCCGUCCCCCCGCCAAGUGCCUCCGGGCUCUGGGCCCUGGAGCCUGUCCAGCCCUCGAGACCUCCAGGCCGCCGAGCUACAAGAUGACGGGGACAGCCUGGAGGAAGAGUCACCCCGGGGGCCCUCGGACAGCCUUGAGGAGUCGUCGGCUGAGCUGGAGGAGCAGGCCCUGUCAGGACCGCAGGCCACACAGUGCCCGGCCCAGGCCCUGGCCGGCCGCAGUGAGGAGACCAUGGCCAAAGCCAAGCAGAGCCGCAGUGAGAAGAAGGCCCGGAAGGCCAUGUCCAAGCUGGGCUUGCGGCAGAUCCACGGUGUCACCAGGAUCGCCAUCCAGAAGGCCAAGGACAUCCUCUUCGUUAUCACCAAGCCUGACGUCUUCAAGAGCCCGGCCUCUGACACCUACGUGGUCUUCGGGGAGGCCAAGAUUGAGGACCUCUCCCAGCAAGCGCACAGAGCUGCCGCCGAGAAGUUCAAGGUGCCCGCAGAGCCCUCCACCCUGGGCCCUGAGUCGACGCCCGGGCCGCGGGUGAGACUGGGAUGUGACGAGAACCGGGAGGAAGACGAGGAGGUGGACGAGGCGGGGCUGGAGCUUCGGGACAUUGAGCUGGUGAUGGCACAGGCCAACGUGUCCAGGGCCAAGGCCGUGCGGGCCCUCAGGGACAACCAGAGCGAUAUCGUCAACGCCAUCAUGGUGGGUGGCUGCCCCUGCGCCUGCGCCUGCGGCUGGCUCCGCUGGGCCCCUCCCUAUCCCUGGCCUGACUCUCUGAAUUUCCUGCAGGAGCUGACGAUGUAG